GUCUUUGUUGGAGAUGUCAGGAUUUUAAGCUGUUGUAUAUGAUUUGGUUUAUUUAUUUUUUGGCUUCUUGUGACCAUGCAGUGGGAAUGGUGACUUUGAUUCAGUUAGCAAGAAGUCAAUUUACCUUGGCAGUAACAAAUAUUCAAGGAAUUAAUCUGAAAAUAAGGGGGGGAUUGAUGUUUUCACCCUUUUCUCUCUACGAUCUGUUUUCUUCUAGGACGAUUUGCGUGUGCCUCAUGGCUGCCGCCGGGGGUCCCCCUGGGCCUUCAGUGCCUUCAGGACGGUUGAGGACGUUCGCCGACAUGGUGGCACAACCGCCACAGCCCUUGCCGGAGGUGGAGAUUCCGUUCCGUCCGGCUAAAGUGAUAGAUGGCAUUCAUACGAAGUAGAUGGGGUUUGGACUUGCAGCCAGUGGUUUCAGCGAUGCGCAGGGCUCGUAAUGUUUUUGUGCAUUUUUCAAAUGAAGGGAUUUUGUGAAGGCGCUGUCAAGGGAAGUUAUAGACAUUGAGGGAGUGCCUUACCGUGGGUUUCAUUGGAACCCAGAUUUUGAUAAGGAAGCAGAGCCAUCGAUGGUGCCGGUACGGGUUUUUCUCCCUUCCCUGCCUCCAAACUUUUAUCAUGAGGCUUAUUUGAAACAUAUCACUGCCCCGAUUGGUAGAUAUUUACAUAGGGAUAAUGCUACCAAGUGAGGUACCAAAACCGAUGGGGCUAGAGUUUGUUUGGAAGUGGAUGUUGUGAAAACACCAGUCGGUGGGAUCUGGAUGGGGACUCCUCAUCAGGAGCUGAGUUGGUAUAUUGAAGUGGUUUAUGAAAGCUUGCCUGCCUUUUGUACUAGAUGUAAAAUGCAGGGUCAUAACUUAAAAUUAUGCAAAGGGAAGGAGGGUGCUAAGCGAGUGAUGGAUCGGACGUUGAAACGAGGGGAUAAGCAGAUGCAAGUAUGGAAACCGAUAAUAUCAGACCAUGAAAAGGAACGAUUAACGAAGGCAAGGCAGACUAAGUCGUUGGUGAGUUUGGAGCUCGACGAUGAGGCUGGUCCUAGUUGUUCCAAAGCAGCUCAGGAAGUUGUUAAUGUGGAGGAGCCUGGACAAGAAAAGAUGCAAGCGAGUUCUGAACUGAAUAUGGCUAUGGGCGUAAAUGAGUUUCACGAAAUAGAGAAGAUCUCAACGGAAAAUAAUUUAGAAUUGAAUGGUAUUCAGAUGGUGGUUUGUGAUAAUGGGGACGUUGCCGGCAUGCUGAAUCAGAAUUUGAGAGUAAAUUCGAAUCUUACUUUGCCUAGUAAUCAGAUGUCGUGUGAGGUUGAAGUGGCAAGCUUUGCUGUGGAUGAAGCUCCUUCCCUUGUUUUGGAUAUAUACAACUCUGAUGGCAACACAUCACGGGAUCAUAUGAGGCCAAACGGCCUUGGUAAUGUCGUGAUUGAGGAAUUGAAUGACGAGGUGGUGGUGGAUCAUGUUUUAGUAGGGUCUUCAAAAGACGUUCAGGUUGAUGGUCAUCCGGUCCAAGAGGGCUUGAACUCUCUGGGAAUGGAUGAUAAGGAACAUUGUGGGUCUGACCCAAAAAAAGAGUGUGGGGAAGAUUUAUGCAAAAAUAAAUAAUAUCUUUCGGAUAGUGAUAUCCGAAAUGGAAAAAACCUGGCCAAAGGGGGAAGAUUGCUUCGAAGUUCGACUCGGGUUCCUAGCAAGCCUGUUUGCAUGAAUCUAUGAUUUGCACUCCUCUGUUUUGGAAUAUCCGGGGCCUCAGAUCAUCUCGAAGAAGGUUGUGUAAGUUGGUUAGGAAAUUACAUUUGAAUUUUAUCAUGUUGGCUGAACCUUUUUGCAGAUGGUCAUAAUCUGGUUAGUUUGAAGCAUUUGCUGGCUUUUGAAAAUUGUUUUUCUAAUUUUUGUGUUGGUGGUAAAAUUUGGUUGUUAUGGAAAGAAGGUUUGCAUAUAUCGGUCAUUACUUACAGUCCUCAACAUGUGACUAUUUCUUUAUGUAUGGAUUCUCGGCAAGUGUUUUUUUCUGUGGUUCAUGCUAAAUGCAAUCAUUUGGAAAGUAGAGAACUUUGGAGGUUGUUACAGUUGGACGUAGUCCAAGAUGCACCUUGGCUAUGCCUGGGUGAUUUUAAUGUUAUUCGUGGGGAGGAAGAACAUUGGGGUGGUAGACCGAGGUUGAGGAUUGCCAUGGAUAAGUUUAAUGAGUUUAUCGAUGCUUGUGGUUUUAUUGACAUGAAAUUGGUUGGGGGCAAAUUCUCGUGGUGUAAUGGUCAGAGGGGUUUAGCUUGAAACUGGUCAAAAUUAGACAGAUGUUUGAUGAAUGUCGUGACUACAGAUUUAUUGCCAGAUGCUUUUUAUAAGUAUAUGACAAGCUCGACCUCGGAUCAUGCACCUUUGUCUUUUGUGUUAAAGGCUUUGGCCACUCGUUAUGGUCCCUCUUCCUUUAAGUUCCAACAAAUGUGGGUGUCCCAUCCAAAUUUUCGGGAAGUGGUGGAAAAUCCUUGGAACGAACAGACUGGUACUAUGGGGCUUUUUGGCCUUGCUACUAAGUUGAAAAAAUUGAAAGUGAUAUUAAAAGAUUGGAAUUGCCAAGUUUUUGGGCGCAUUGACAAAAAUAUCCAAUCUUUGGAAAAUCAAAUUGAACAACUGGAAAGUCAACUCCAGGAUGGUUUUUUGGAAGAUACAGAGAUGGCUCUAUGGGUGGCUAAGGAAGAGCUUGCAAUCUGGAUGCAAAGAGAAGAAACUCAGCUUUCACAAUAUGUGAAGCUUAAUUGGAUGGAAAAAGGAGAGGCCUCGGCUUAGUUUUUUACAACUUUUGCUUCUUUAGCAAAGCCUUUUGUGCAGGAAAUGAGGCUUAGAGAUGGGUCUUGCAUGGACACUCCGGAAGCUAUUCAUUCAGGUGCUGUGGAUUAUUUUAGCUCAUUUCUGCGGGCCAGAGAUUGUAGAGUUCCUCCAGAUUUGUCCAGGUUGGUGACUAGUUCCAUUCUUGAGGAGGAAAAUGUUAAACUCCUUCAGCUCCCUUCAAAUCCAAGAGGUUAGAGAGGCUAUGUUUUCCAUUCCUGUUGAUAGUAGCCUGGGCCCAGAUGGCUUUGGGUCUGGUUUCUAUAGAUCGUGCUUGGAUAUUGUUGAAGCUGAUGUGGUAGUAGCUGUGCGGGAGUUUUUUAUUGGAACUCCCAUGCCUAGAUUCUACUCAACUUCUUAUAUCAUUCUCAUUCCGAAAAUGCAAAGGCCUACUGGUUUUGAUAAAUUUCACCCUAUUAGCCUAUGCUCAGUGGUGUACAAGGUUUUUUCUAAAAUCUUGGUUCGUAGAUUGGCACCCAUCUUAAACAGAAUUAUUUCUCCGGAGCAAGGUGCAUUUCUUUUUGGGCGUAGUAUUUUUGAAAACAUUUAUUUGGCCCAAGAAAUGAUACAUUUGCUCAAUAAGAAGGUUGGGGGGAGGGGUAACAUAGACAUUAAAAUUGAUAUGGCUAAGGCUUAUGACAGUAUAGACAGGGAUUUCUUAAUUCAUGUGAUGGCCUAUUUUGGGUUCUCGUAGCGUCUUUGUAAUUUGAUAAGGAAUUGUAUUUCCACUCCUUGGUUCUCCGUGGUUAUGAAUGGUUCGGCAAAUGUUUUUUUCCUAGCGGACGUGGUCUACGUCAGGGAGAUCCUCUAUUACCUUACUUGUUUAUUAUUGUUGAAGAGGUGCUAUCAAGAUUAUUAAAGCAUAAUUUUGCCCUUGGCAACAUUGUCCCAUUCUCCCAUCCACGAGGUACUCCUCUUGUUUCCCACCUAUUAUAUACUGAUGAUAUUGUGCUUUUUGCUAAUGGAGGAAGAUCUUCUUUCCAAACUAUCAGAGAUAUUUUUGCUUUGUAUGAAAAUUGGUCUGAUCAAGUGGUGAGUAAAGAAAAAUCCUGCAUUUUUUUCUCUAA